AAUGCAUACAUCUGUUAUUGGUCCAACUUAUUGGAUUUAGCUUAACAAGAAGAAAAAAAAACUGUUUUUAGUUUAAAAAUUGUGUAAACAUCAACUGGUAUUCGUAUGUUCAUAACACUGCAAAAUAGAAUGGUAUACUAUGUGCGAAAAUAUUUGCACAUUUAGGGAAUUUUGUUUUCUAACUUUUGGCACCUUUGGCCCACAGACGCCUGCGCAAACACUCAGAAGAAUCAGAGAAACGUGUUUUUGUUAUUAUUAUGUUGAAAUGUGUUUUGAGUGUGAACGUAAAAAGGGUUGGAAGCCGUUUCUUCCCAGAGGUUUCGGGAAGCGGGAAAAGAAUCCCAGACCACGGUUUACCAAUUUGGGAGUAAUUAUGAGGGGAUUAGAAGACAGGACUAGUGAAUACGAGGCAAAUGUCGAGUUUAUUAAGGACUUGGGAAUUGCAAUAGAGCCCUUAAAUCGGCAAUGUUUCAAUCCUUUUAUAUCGCCUGAUGAGAUCAAGGAGUGCCGACAACCCCAAAUUGAUACAGUGGUGAUUUAUCACCGUAAACUAUUCAGUCAAUUUCGUUUUGGUUCAGCGAAGAGCAAAGUAAGGUUCUUAAAGGAGCUCGAGAAGAUAAGGGAAGAACGUGAACCGAAAAAGGAGGGGAAAAGUGGCGAUUUUAAAGAUAAAACAGACAGGGAAGGAAAUGAAGAGAAAUGCAUUGAAAUGAAUGAAAAAAAAUCCGAAAAAGACGUUGAAAUGGAUGGAGAAAAAAAAUCUCAAAAAGUCCACGAAGUAAAACAUGAAAAUUCUGAAAUCAAUAAUCCUGCAGUUAAUCACUUGGAAGAAAAUUCUGAAAAAAUCCAUGAAUUAAAUCUUGGAAAAAUCCAUGAAUUAAAUGUUGGAAAAAUCCAUGAAUUAAAUGUUGGAAUCAAUAAUUCUGACAAAGUCCACGAAAUAUAUCCUGAACAAGACGUUGAGAUGAAUGAAAAAAAUUCUGAAGAUGUUGAUGCAAUAAAUCUUAAAGACAUUGAAAUGACGGAAAUUUUUUUUGAAAAAUACGAUGGAACAAAUUUCGGAAAUACUUUUAUCAAUCCUGAAAAAGUCGUUCAAAGCAAUAAUCCUGAGAAUAUUCACAAAACCAAUUUGACUUGAAUGAGAUAAAAGAUUUUGAGUGCAGUAUGUGACCAUAGGUUAUUUCCUUUCUCAAAAUUUGUAAUAUACAAUCCAUUAUUUAGUUCCUUCUUGUAUAAAUUAGAUGUAAGUUACUGAAUAGUGUUUUAAUAAUAUAAAUAGUUUUUAAAAUAUAUUUUUAGUAAAGUUUUAACUGCGGUACAUUAAUGUUGAAAUAAAAAUCAAUUUCAUUCAACACUUCAUUGAUGUAAUACAUAUAUUACAUAUCAGACAGUUAUUUUUAACAAAAUAAUCAUGUUUCCAUUUCUUUAUUAUUGGCAAUACUGACCACCAAAUCUUCAUAUGUCCAUUUAGGAAAUACUCUUUUGUACAAAUUGAGAAGAACUGUGUCUUGCGAUUUCAA